AUGUGGAUGCCCUCCUUUGAAUCUACACCUGCAGAGGAUGCAGAAGAAAUCAGAAUGAAGCAGCAAGCGGUGGAAUACGUUCCUGCUUUGUACAAAAUCUUCGACGAAAUCAUUGUCAAUGCUGUAGACAACAAGGUCCGAGAUCCAAGUAUGAAGCACCUUGACGUGAUCAUUGAUCCUGGGGAUCAAUUAAAUGGAUACAGGCCAUGGAUUUCAGUCUUUAAUAGUGGAAAAGGAAUUCCCAUCAAAUUUCACAAGACGGAAAAGGUCUACGUACCCGAAUUAGUGCUUGGUCAUUUGUUGACGGGAUCAAAUUUUGAUGACACUGCUGCAAGAUUGACAGGCGGGAGACACGGAUAUGGUGCUAAGUUGACGAAUAUAUUUAGUCAAGAAUUUGUUGUCGAGACAGGAGAUACGUCAAUGGGAUUACGAUACAAACAGGUUUGGUAUAACAAUAUGCGAACUCGUGGAGAACCAGAAAUAACUGAGUAUACUGGCAAUGGGUUAAAGGAUUUCACAAAAGUAUCGUUUUCACCCGAUCUAAAAAAGUUUGAUAUGGUAAAACUUACUGCUAGCAUGAUGCGUGUGCUAAAGAAACGUGUGUAUGAUGUUGCUGGGUGCUUAUCGGAUGUAGAGGUGACACUAAACGGUAAACGGGUGCCCAUUUCAGGAUUUGAGUCCUAUGUCCAAGCAUUUUCUCACUCGACAACGACAACCUCAAAUCCUGACUCUGCAAAGUCGUCGGAAUAUAGUCACGAAGACGCAAUACCUGGGUCAAAAUACAUUUAUUCUCGCGUAAAUAAACGGUGGGAAAUUGGUAUUCUACCUUCAGAUGUGGGGUUCGUACAAGUGAGUUUUGUAAAUGGAAUGUCAGCUUUGCGUGGUGGGUCACACGUUGGCUAUGUGAGUGAUCAGAUUUGCCGUCGUGUGGUAGAGUAUGUGAAUAAAAAAUAUCAAGAGCUUUCAAUUACUACUGCACAUGUGAAGCCACACUUGGCGAUAUUUAUCAACUGCCAGAUUGAAAAUCCAACAUUUGAUUCGCAGAUGAAAGAGUACAUGUCAUCUCGACCGGUGACGUAUGGAUCAACUUGCGUGUUGUCUGAAAGACUUUUGAAACUCGUGCUAACGGAUUCUGGUAUUGUUAAACGAGUCGUUCAGCAAGCUCGUGCGCGACAACGUGCAGCGUUGCUCAAGAAAGUUUCAUCUACGCGUGCUAAAAGCAUGUCAGUAAAUGUUCCGAAGCUAGAAGAUGCAAACUUGGCUGGUGGUCCUCGCUCCAGCGAGUGUUCGCUUAUCUUGACUGAAGGAGAUUCCGCUAAGGCACUUGCAGUAGCCGGUCUAGCCGUUGUGGGGCGAGAUCAGUUUGGUGUAUUCCCCUUGCGUGGCAAAUUGUUAAACGUGCGGGAUGCCACAGUAAGUCAACUUGGUAAAAAUGCUGAAUUUGCCCAUCUGUGCACGAUACUUGGUCUCAGAAUGGAUGAACGUUUUGAUACAGAAGAGGCGCGUCAGAAACUACGGUAUGGGCGUGUCAUUACCAUGACGGAUCAAGAUCAUGACGGGUCACAUAUUAAGGGCUUGCUAUUAAAUUUGUUUCACACGUUCUGGCCGGAAUUAUUGAAACGAAGGGAUUUCUUGAGUGAAUUUAUCACCCCAAUCAUCAAAGUGAGUCCAACUUCAAAGCGUGUUGGCACUGAACGAAACUUAGAGACGCGUCGUUUCUUUAGUCUACCGGAAUAUUUUGACUGGAAAGCAUCCAUCGACUCGACAGACCUUAAGUACUACACCAUUAAGUAUUAUAAAGGACUCGGAACCAGUACGAGUGCAGAAGGGCGUGAGUACUUUAGUGACCUCGACAAACAUCUUGUAAACUUUCAAUGGACUAGUGAUCGUGAUGGCGAUGCGUUAGAUAUGGUUUUUAACAAAACCCGAGCUACAGACCGCAAAAAGUGGCUCCUUAACGAAUAUUCUCCUCACUCGUUUCUUGACACAAGUUCAGGGUAUGUGACAUAUCGAGACUUUGUCAAUCGUGAACUCAUUCAGUUUUCUCACGCAGAUAAUCAACGAUCGUUACCGUCGGUAAUUGAUGGUCUGAAGAUUUCACAACGAAAGGUCUUGUUUGCGUGUUUGAAACGCAAGUUAACGAACGAAGUGAAAGUAGCACAGCUUGCUGGCUACUGCAGUGAACACACAGCUUAUCACCACGGAGAAGCGUCGUUGCAUUCAACAAUUGUCAAUAUGGCACAAGAUUUUGUCGGCUCCAAUAAUCUGCCGCUUCUUUAUCCUUCUGGUCAAUUUGGUACUCGAUUACAAGGCGGAAAAGACGCUGCAAGUCCUCGAUAUAUUUUUACACUGCUUCAGAAACACACGCGCUUAGUCUUUCCUGAAGAAGAUGAUGCAUUGUUACACUAUGCUGAUGAUGAUGGAUAUCCAGUUGAACCUCUAUAUUAUGUGCCGAUCAUUCCAAUGCUGCUCGUUAAUGGUGCCGAGGGGAUUGGUACAGGUUGGUCUACAAAUAUUCCUUGUCAUCACCCGGUACAGGUGAUCGACAAUCUUUUGAAGAUUUUAAACGCAGAGGAAGCAGGUGAUGAUCUUUCAACGGUAACAUUAACACCAAUGACGCCAUGGACUAAAGGAUUUAAUGGCAAGAUUCUUCAACUGGAUAAACAAGCGUUUGUAGCUCGAGGUAUUGUGGAACACGUGAACACGUCAACUGUACGAGUGACAGAGUUGCCGGUUGGUAAAUGGGUGGAAGACUACAAAAAGUUUUUAUGGGAUCUAAUUGGAAAAAAAGUGAUUCGAUCAUUUUCCGAACACCACUCGGACCGUGAAAUUCGUUUUGAUAUCUCGAUGACUCGCUCUGAUCUUGCAAAAUACACUGAGGAUACAAAUAAGGGGGAAGCAUUGGUAAAGCUCUUGCGCCUUGAAGCUUCUUUAAAUACUACGAAUAUGCAUGCGUUCAAUGCUAACGGUCACUUAGUUAAAUACGAGACGAGUGAAGAUAUUUUACGUGACUUCUACCAUGUCCGUCGUGAAUUGUACUCGAAACGUAAACAGCAUUUGGUACAAUGUCAAACAAAGGAGGUCCUUCGUUUAAGUAAUCGCAUUCGAUUUAUUCAGGAGGUUGCUUUUGGCGAUUUAUCGAAAGUUCUAAAAGAACGUAUUCCCAAAGCCGAGCUAGUUCAGUUGCUUAAGGGAUUAAAUUUCUCUCCAGCAUCUGCAUUUCAAGCGGAAACAAUUAACUAUACUGGAGACUUGGGGCUGACUACAAUUGGUCAUGAACAUGAUGUUGUUUCUAUCGAUGGAAGCGACGACUACGAUUAUCUCUUGAAGACGUCGCUUCUGAGCUUUACAAAGGAACAUAUUGAACGAUUGCAGAAGGAACACGACUUGAAGCAGACGAAGCUACAACAGCUACAAGAUACGACGCCGGCUCAGCUCUGGCGCACCGAGCUAGAGUUACUGCGUACUAAUCUUCUACGUGACCCAGAAUUUCAAUUGAGCAAGAAACGCAGCUGGAAAGCAGCGAGUGACGCGUUUGCAGCUAUGGCGAAGCAUGGCGCUGAGGUUGUGAUCAUGCCUCGCAACUUUAAGCUGCUCGAGGAAUUGGAAAAUAGUGAAAAAGGUCAUGGAGAUAUGAGUAUCUCGUACGGAUUAGAGCAAGCGGAUGAUAUUUUUCUCACAAAUUGGAUCGGUACCAUUCUAGGCCCUGCUGGCACGUGCCACGACGGGCGCAUUUAUAGUUUGCGAAUUCACUGCAGUGAUCAGUAUCCCCACGUGCCACCCGAAGUACACUUCACGAGCCGCAUCAACAUGAGCUGUGUGGAUCCUCAAUCGGGCCGUGUAGACCCGCGACGAUUGGCUGCGUUGGGCAGCUGGCACCGUAACAAUGGCAUUGAGCACGUGCUUGUAGCCAUCCGUGCUGAAAUGGCUUCAGCCACUAACAGACGCCUACCACAGCCACCUGAAGGAACAAACUUUUAG